AAGAAAGAAAAAUCUGUUCCUUCCCCAUAUGGUUGAACCCUGUUGUAAGGCUUGCUGUGAUUGGCUGCCGCUGCUCCAGGGAUGGUUACAGAUUGUUUCCAGAUUGAUCUCCAAGGAACUGUUUCCAUGGUAAUGGUUACACCUCAAGGCUCCCAGCUGCUUUCUUGAUCUCCCCUCUUUUUUCUUUUUCCCCUCCCCUUUCCUCAUCUCUCUACCACCUCUCACUCCUUCUCCGGUGCUCUCCUGUUAGCACAGACAUCAGAAGGACCUGAAGAGGAUUUUUUUGUUACAGUUUAUAAUAAGAGAAAAGAUGAAGCAGGAGAAGGAAAUGGAAUUACCCACACCCCACCGAGGAAAACAAUUUGAGGCACCUCGUGACCAUGUAUUACUCCAUCAGAAUGGAGAGGAGAGGAAAAUUCCAUGCAGGGCCUGUGUGAAAUGAAAGAGAAAAUGGGGAGAGUGCAGCCUCUGGGGCAGACAGCACAUUAGCCAAAAGCUGCUUUACAGCUGAUGUUCAUAUAUCCCUAACGAUACUGCAGAGUGUCAUCAACAUGGGAUUAUCAUAAUCGGUUUGCCUGCAUGAAAACAAGCCAAGAACAAACAACCCACAGAAACAUUUUGGGGUUGUGUCUAAUCGUGUUUAAGGGCUUUGUAACAGCCACUCUGACAAGGCUCUGUGAAGGACUCCUUCUUUGGUUUAUGACCUAAAUACCUAUUGUCUUUAGGAAAACGACCACCUUCUUCAGAUGACCACCACUGUUUCUCAGGACAAGGCUUUUGGACACAUAUUUCAUUUUUGAGAUGUUGUUUAACUUACUUCACUGGAAACCAUGGAAACUAAAAGACCACAUCUGGAAGUGAGGCAGGCAGGCUCCCAGCAAGGCAGGGACCUCACAGAGCCAGGGAGGAAAAUGAAGCUCCCGAUAUUCAUAGCAGAUGCGUUCACGGCGACAGCUUUCCGAGGCAAUCCUGCUGCUGUCUGCCUCCUGGAAAACACAUUGGACGAAGACACUCAUCAACACAUUGCAAGGGAGAUCAGCCUCUCGGAAACCGCUUUUAUCCGAAAACUGCAACCAACUGACAACUUCACAGAAAGUUCCCGUUUUGGACUAAGAUGGUUUACCCCGGAGAGUGAGUUCCCGCUUUGUGGCCACGCCACCCUGGCUUCUGCGGCUGUUCUGUUUCACAAAAGAAAGAACACGAACAGCACUCUGACGUUUGUCACUCUGAGUGGGGAGCUGAAGGCCAGAAAGGCAGAAGAUGGGAUUGUCUUGGACUUUCCUCUCUACCCAACCUUCCCCCAGGACUUCCACGAAGUAGGAGACUUGAUAAAGGCAGCCAUAGGUGACACCCUGGUCCAGGACAUCAGGUACUCUCCACAUACCAAAAACCUCCUGGUCCGGCUCAGCGAUUCUUAUGACAGGUCCUUUCUAGAGACCCUGAAGGUGAACACGGAGCCUCUGCCUCGGAUUGAAAAGACAGGGAGGGUGAAAGAACUCAUUCUCACUCUCAAAGGAGAGCCUGGGGGGCAGGCGGCCCCCUAUGACUUCUACUCCAGAUACUUUGCGCCAUGGGUUGGUGUGGCUGAAGACCCGGUAACAGGGUCCACCCACACUAUUCUUGGCCCCUACUGGUCUGAGGAGCUGGGGAAGAAAGAAAUUCGAGCCUUUCAGUGUUCCCGCCGAGGAGGGGAACUGAACAUUUCCCUGCGAGCUGAUGGACGAGUUGACAUGAAGGGUGGUGCGGCUAUUGUCUUAGAGGGCAUGCUGACGGCCUAGAGGACACGCUGGCAUCUUAGAGGACACGCUGGCAUCUUAGAGGACACCCUGACAUCUUAGAGGACACGCUGGCAUCUUAGAGGACACGCUGACAGCCUAGAGACGCUUAUGCUGGGCUGUGGCCACUGCUCAACACGGUGUUUUCUCUAUAUCAAAAAACCAAACCAAAGAACAAGUGCGCUGAGCUUGCUUCAGCAAGGCUGCCAAACACUGCUGUCAGUCCUCUCGUGAGGAGCAGGAGGAGAGAGCAUUAGAUGGGGGCUCGGCACUGUCUCCAGACUCCUUCCUGAUGGUGAGCUCUGAGGUCCGACCUCUGCCUGGGUAUGGCUAUUUAGUAACCACAGCAGAGAGUGGAGUGCCACUUCUUUUGAUUAUGAAUGCCAAUCAAAGUGAGAGAUCCAUUGAUUAGGAGAUUGAAAUUUAGAUUUAGGCGUGGGUACCUGAUAGAAGGUUUUCCAUAUAUGUAUGUAUAUAUGUAUACAUAUAUAUGUACUUUUAAUUUAAAGACAGAAUCAUACUGUGUAGCCUUGGCUGGGAAGGAACUCUCUGUGUGGACCAGGCUAACCUCCGACAUCUGCCCGCCUCUGGGUUAAUGGUGUGCACCAUCACGCACAGACUCAUAACCUCCCCAUAGACCAAUAACUCUGGGAAUGCAGACCUAACGCUGAAGAGAGAACACUGUGAAGUGUGCUGUGUGGGGACUCACACGCCGUGAAGGGAGCACAGAGGCAGCUCGUGUGGGAAGGUGCAGAGCAGUCUUCAUGUUAAGGAAACAAAUCCUUUGUGUUUUGAACUUGUCUAUAAGUCACCACCAGGACAAAACCCAGGAAAUUAAAACAGACUAUGCAUUUGAGUAGAUUGUGCGGAGAUACACAUACUCUCCAGGAGCAGGGUGGGCUGUGAGAUCUUUCUCCUGUGUGUCCUAAGAGUGGCAAUGCCAAAGCUUCCUCUUGUUUAAUAAAGCGAGACUUAACGUGACUUGGAA